AUGACGCCGCGCGCGAGUGUGUGGCGUCCAUGGCGUCGAGGUUUCCGUGGUGGCCGUGGCACUGGCUCUGUCGCAUCCAGUGAUGUGGCAGAGAAGUCACAAUGUGGGUGCCAGAGCGACCUUCCCCGCGAAAAACUCACCGACUUCACUGCGGGUGAGUCUUCUAGCUCUAAGUGGCUGAGGUGGUGGUGGCGAUUGAAAGCCUUGCUGGGACACCGGGUGGAAAGCGUUCGGGGUUUUCGUCUUGUGGGUCAGGAAGCGUGGUGGAGCGGAAGUGGAAGCGAGCCUGGAGAGGAGGAAGGGAGGGAAGCAGGGGCUGAGGGAACUGUAAAAGAUGCUUUGAAGGCUUUACAAAAUUCCAAGGCGCAGAACCUUGAAUUGCAAUUAAAACUUGAAUCGACUCGCAAGGAAUUGAACUCGUUGAAAAAAAGCCGUGGUGGGCUCGGAGAUCGACUUACAGCCAAGAUUGCUCCGGAAGUAGACGACAAGGAAAAGGAAAAGCCGCAAAAGGGUAACGUGAAGACCAAGCCUAAAUUCGUGAAGGCCAAACAGGGCGGAGUCGUUAACGCUCCUGCUGAUCAUUCACGCACAGGAUCUGUGGAAGCAAUUGAAACUUCACUAGAUGUUCUGAUCCAAGAACCCGAAAAUUCUCGUUCAACCCGAAAGUCUCUUCCAGCAGACUUCGCACCCAAACCUACCAAUGGCACCAUUGCAAUUAAUGGUGUCGCCUCCAUGGAGCUUUCUAAGGAGGAUCAGGAUGCGCUUGAAACAUUGGACAAGGAAGAUGCAAAGUUGACUGAGGAAAUGGCUGCAGUUAAGAGCAAAGGCGGCAAUACUUCUGGAUUCAAUUUCAAGAGCCUUGAGCGAGCAGAGAAAAGAAGAGAGUUCUAUGCUAAAUUGGAGGAGAAAAUGAAAGCCAAAGAAGAGGAAAAGAACCAAAUGGAGGCAAAGAAAGAAGAAGAGGCGGAGAACAAGGUGAAAGAGCUGCGAAAGGGUCUCAAGUUCAAAGCCACUCCUUUACCUAGCUUCUACCAAGAUGGUCCACCCAAAGUAGAAAUGAAGAAGAUUCCACCCACUCGACCCAGGUCUCCGAAGCUGAAAACUUCUCGGAGAGCUAGUCUGGGUGCAGAGCAGGAUGGUUCCAAAUCUCCAGUGGCCAGAACCAAGAACGGAGAUCAAGGCUUCAAAGAUGAUACGAAGAAGGGAGUGCUAAAGCGUCCACAAAGUACUGCCUCUCACACCAGGCGCCAGAGCCUGGAUUCUGGACUAGCUAAGCUUGCCACUAGUGCACGCAGCAACGAAGACAUGACCUCAGUAGAACCUGAAACUGUGGUUGAAUGCUAGGAGGGCAGGAUGUGGUUGCCUACACGUUUUGUGUGGGCAUGAGGGCCGCAUCAGUUGUAAUAAUAUGAGUAUAUUUGAUGUAUACAGUAGUCGAUAGUGGAUUUCGCUGGCACUAGGUUGUUUCGUUGUCGGAUGUUAGAGCUAGAGUGUGGUUGGAGAUUCGGCAAACUGCAGUUUCUGGUGUCCUGAGGCGAAGGGUACCACAGUACCACAUAUUAUCGAGCGGGGAAGAUGUUCCUUGGAAUACAGAUCUCAUGUCACGUAUGUACCUGAGUUAAUUGCUAAUUUUGAAGCUUUAGAUCUGUUGACAGACUGGCCAGGAUUUAUUAGGUUCCAACA